ACCGCCCCCUUGCAUGGAUGUGUCAUGGUGCACUAACAUUAAGAUAUCAUUGAAUAACUUAUUGAGUUAUGGCGUCCAGGGAUCCUGUACCGCGAUUUAACAUCUAACCAGAUGAUAAAAGAGGAGGUGGAGAGCAGCCCUGAACCUGAAGAUGAGGCGGCUGUCACGAAGAAAAGUCCUGAGCUUGGUGAGGGAGCUGGACGCCUUCCCCAAAGUCUCAGACAGCUACGUGGAGACCUCGGCCUCAGGAGGAACAGUAUCGCUGAUUGCUUUCGGUGCCAUGGCACUUCUGGCUGUCUUAGAGUUCUUUGUUUAUAGAGACACUUGGAUGAAGUAUGAAUAUGAAGUUGACAAGGAUUUUUCAAGUAAAUUGAGGAUAAACAUUGACAUUACAGUUGCCAUGAAAUGCCAGCACGUUGGAGCAGAUAUUCUGGACCUGACUGAGACCAUGAUCACAUCCAGCGGCCUCCUGUACGAACCUGUGAUUUUUGAACUGACUCCACAACAGAGACUGUGGCAAAGGACGUUGCUUCUCAUACAGAACAGGCUGAGAGAGGAACAUGCCCUUCAGGAAGUCCUUUACAAAACUCCCGUCAAAGGAGGUCCCACUGCUCUGCCCCCACGGGAGGGCGUCUCUUUGGAUCCGCUCAAUGCUUGCAGGAUACACGGGCACGUCUACGUCAACAAAGUGGCAGGAAACUUGCACAUCACUGUGGGAAAGCCCAUCCACCAUCCUCAGGGUCAUGCCCACAUUGCAGCUUUUGUGAGCCACGAGACGUACAACUUCUCCCAUCGAAUAGACCAUUUAUCUUUUGGGGAGGAGAUACCGGGGGUCAUCAAUCCUCUGGACGGCACGGAGAAAAUCACCUUUAACAAUAACCAGAUGUUCCAGUACUUCAUCACAGUGGUUCCAACCAGACUGAACACAUACAAGAUAUCUGCAGACACUCACCAGUUUUCUGUGACUGAGCGGGAGCGGGUGAUAAACCAUGCAGCGGGCAGUCACGGCGUUUCAGGCAUCUUUGUCAAGUACGACACCAGCUCUCUGAUGGUGACGGUCAGCGAGCAGCAUAUGCCACUGUGGCAGUUCCUGGUGCGACUUUGCGGCAUUAUCGGGGGUAUAUUCUCCACGACAGGCAUGCUCCAUGGGCUUGUUGGCUUCUGUUUUGAUGUUAUCUGCUUUCGCCUCAAACUUGGAAUCUACCGGCCCAGAGAGGAUGUGCAGCUACACAACCAGAUGAACAAUCUCAACAAUCAUCAGACUCCUUUGUUGGCCGACGAUGUCCCUCAGGAGUAGUGUUUUUUCAGGCUUUUGUCCAUCGUCAAACGUCACCGGUUUGUUAAAUUGUGUUUUUCUACUGAGAAAGGUGAAGCUGUGGUGUCUACUUGAAAAAUAGCUCAUUGUGCUACUACUACAUUAUACUACUACAAAUGCAGGUAUACUUGUGUUUAUUUCAUAUAAUACAUUAUUUCCUUUCUGUGAUGGUGUUUGUUACUUUAGACAUAAUAGCACAUUAUACGGAUUGUUUGGUUGUCAUUUUGACUCCAAUAAAAUUUAAAGAUCCACAAAUUUAAAAAAAUACCAGUGAGUUUUUUUCCCCAAAGCAUUGAUGUGUGGAAAACAUUUAAAUCUUCUUUGAAGUCAUAAAAAGAUGGGAAUGGUCCUCAAAUACUUGUCAUACUCAUCUUCUGGCCUUAAGUGGAAAUCCUUUUAAUCCAAUGUUUAAGAGGGGGAUCGUUGUGUUGCUAAUAACUUGUGUUUUAGGUGUAGCAUGUGAGGUUGUUGGUAAAUUAACAAGCGUAUAAAUAGUUAGCUUAAGAGUUAGACAAUAAGAUAAUCUGAAGCCUAAAGACAGCUCAAGAGAAUAAAAUUUAGACUAUACAGUUGAAAAUUACAAUAAAACUCUGGCUCUGCCUCAAGGUUUAAAGGGUACUCGAGUGAUUUAGUAUUGUACUGACUAAAUAUAUAAAUAAAUAAAGGCAGCAGAGACCAAAACAUCAUAACUUUUAGUCCCUAGUAUAAUUACAUGGUGAGGUAGAAGUUUCAUGGACUGCAGCACACUUUUUCUCCUCUAGUUUAUUUCAGUUUUCUCAAGCAGACUUUGAAUAGAGUGCUGUCAUAUCAGGUCAUGAAGGUGGUCAAACAGUUUGUAAAUGACACCAGAAAGCACAAGUUGAAGUCAUUGUUUACGGGUUGCUGUAGUUUGUUACGUACAGUAACAGUAGCUCCAGCCUGGGGUUUUACUGUGCCAAUGGUGCUCUGCAGCACUUUGUUGUGAAACAAACACACAUGAGCAAAACAAUUUAAACGACACCACAACAAUAACUGACAAAACCACUUCAUCGUACAGGCCUCGUACAACUGCAGACAUUUUGGUUCAUUAUCCCCCUCUAAAAUUAGGAGGACGGUUACCACGAUUACACCACAAAUAUGGGCUUUGCAUGAACAUUUAUUUAGUUCCGUCCCUUUUUCUCCCGUAUAGGCUCGUAACUGUUAUGUAUUUGUAUUCUUUCAAGAGUCAAGCCACAGACAAUACUGUACACGGUUUUCUCAUUUGUUUAGUAAAAAUCAGACUUGCCUGUCACACUUAACACUUUUGGUAAACUCUGCGGGAAGCUCUGUGGUGGAAUCCUGUGAAGACACUCACCAAGCAAAGAUCAACAGUCAAAUACAAUUUGUGGUACUCUAUAAGAAUAAUAUGUAGUUCAACUAUUUACAGAUCUUCCAAACUGGGGUAAAUGAUUCAAUACCAGGAGGGCUUUAAAUCCCUCUUUUAUAACCUAGCACUUUUGUGAUUUAGGUCCAGACUAACAUAUAGGUCACAGUGUGUCUUGCUUCAAAAUAGAAGUCCAUUUCCCCAUCAGGUAAGGUUUGGCAAACCUCAAGGCUCCGUACUUGGUCCACUACUUUUCACAAUAGUCUUCCGUUCUGCAGAAUCGUUUGCAGCUGCAACAUGAAUUUUCCCUCUGAUGCAGAUCACACUCGACUUAACAUUGCAAUAAAUUCUUAUGAUUGCUCUAUGCUCUGUCCUGUUUACUAGCUGUCAAAAGCAGUUUGAAAUAGAUUUUCUUACAUAUAGAUGAAUCUGAAAUGCUUUUUUCCCCCCUAUGGUUUACGACACAGUAGCCUUGAUGCUUUGACUUCUUAUUCACACUAGAGGUGAUUUUCUUUCUUUCUCAGCCAUAUUUAACAAACCUUAUGACCUCUUCAGUAUCCAGAGGCCUGCCUCAAGAACUAAGAUAAAUCUUAUGUCAGUAGUACCUUCAUCUUCACAUUUCUUUAAAUACACAGUCUGUAGUCUGAUAGCUCCAUCCCUGCUGCUGUCACUCUUUGGAAGAGCUGCGUCUCCUCCUGCUCCAGUUUGUGCCUCAUGUAUUAGUACUAUUGAGAGGCACAAACUGGGGCUCGGUCUCCUCCAGCUUUCAACUAUUCAACUAUAUUGCCUGCUUUAAGCUUUGGUCCCCCAACCUCACGAACCGUAGACCUUAAAUCUUGGAUAUUUGACAUCACUAAUAUUGAAUUGGACUUGGAUUUACUACAUUAGCAUUGGACCUUUUAGAAUCCCAUUGUUGUAUCUGGCGUGUCCAACGGCUACAACUUGAUAUAAUUUGUACUUUUUCCCCACCAAUGGCUCCUAUUUCACCCCCAGCCAAAUGCCUUUUGAGGUUCUGGGGGAGUUUGUCUUCUUAGAAAACGUGGGCUUGGUUGGGAGACAUUGUACAGUAUGUGAUGCUGGGCUAUACAAAUAAACUUGACUCUGAUGUUCUCUUAUUUAUAUAUAAUACACUGCCAAGGUCUACCACAUAUAUCAGACUAGCCUUUGACGCAAGUAUAAAUAUGUAAAAGUAGUAAACUUAGUUCCAGUACAAACUGCUGUACAAACAGGCAAAAAGUGGAUGAGCAUUUAAACAAACAAGGUUUAUGUUCAAAGAAAUACUGAGAUUAUUGUUUGUGAUAUUAAACAAGUGACCAGCUCAAUAGCAGGAAAGAUGGCAGAUCUGUAUGUUUCCGUAUAUAUAGUGAUACUGUUAUCUUGUGUGGUCAGAAUUUAGCUUCAAUACUCGUCUCAAUCUGUGGAUUGGCCUUGAGACAAAGUUAGUUUUGGGUGUAAUCUUAAAAAGGCAGUAGAUACACGUAAUGUAAGACAAACAGAUGCGUAUUAAAGAGAGGAGUUGGAUAUCCCAACAGUAGAAAACAGAGAAACAAAAUAAUCUUAUAGAAAUCGUCCUCCAGUGAAGCACUGCCGUAUUUCAAGUAUGAAAAAAAAAAAGUCAUCACAAGGCAAGGCAAUGUACCGAGAUUCAAGAGGAUGGAAACGAUGAUGUGGAAAAGAAAAUGGAGGUCAGACAAAAGGCUUUUCGUUGCAUAUAUAAUUGGCCACGCUGAGAAGAAAAAGGUAGGUACAAAUGAACACUUUUUUUUGGACGGGGUCUAGUGACUGAACAGUGCAGGUAAUGAUGACAGAUUUCAAAACUAAAACAAAUAAUUCAUGGCUAGUAGACCUCCAUUCCUCCCUCCGAGUGCUUCACACAACUGCAGUCUCCCACCUGUAGAGAGCCCACAGCUAAUCCGCACAUAAAGGAGGAUUUAGAGUGUCCUUUGUGGACAGUCAGAGUCUCAGACGUUACAUCCUGCUGACAGCUAAAGGCGAGGGCGGCUGUCUCUGGUUUGAGGCUUGGAGGAAGACUCAGUUGG